CCCCAUAAUCAGUAACGGCUUCUGCACCUGAAGAUGUCUAACAAUGGAGUUGAAACAGAAGACAAACCGCCUGCCCCUCCAAUGAGAAACACCAGCACCAUGAUCGGAUCGGGGAGCAAAGAUGCUGGGACUUUAAACCACGGCUCAAAGCCUUUGCCUCCCAACCCAGAGGAGAAGAAAAAGAGAGACCGAUUUUACCGAUCUAUUUUGCCAGGAGAUAAAACCAAUAAAAAGAAGGAGAAAGAGCGGCCAGAGAUCUCCCUCCCGUCAGACUUCGAGCACACGAUCCAUGUGGGCUUCGAUGCAGUCACAGGAGAAUUCACAGGAAUGCCAGAGCAAUGGGCCCGUUUGCUGCAGACAUCCAACAUCACCAAGUCGGAGCAGAAGAAGAACCCCCAGGCAGUGCUGGAUGUGCUGGAGUUCUACAACUCCAAAAAGAUCUCCAACAGCCAGAAGUACAUGAGUUUCACAGAUAAGUCAACGGAGGAAUACCAUUCAUCAAACACAUUGAACAUGAAGGCUGUGUCUGAGACGCCCGCAGUGCCUUCGGUGUCUGAAGAUGAAGACGAUGAAGACGACGCAGCUCCACCCCCUGUGAUAGCUCCACGCCCGGAACAUACAAAAUCUAUAUACACCCGCUCUGUGAUAGACCCCCUUCCUCCUCCUACCAAAGACAUGGCCACCUCUCCGAUUUCUUCUCCCACCGAAAACAACACGGCAGCCCCUGACAUGCUGAUUAGGAACACGGAGAAACAGAAGAAAAAGCCAAAAAUGUCGGAUGAAGAGAUACUGGAAAAACUGAGGAGUAUCGUGAGCGUGGGUGAUCCCAAGAAGAAGUACACACAUUUUGAGAAGAUUGGACAAGGAGCUUCAGGUACUGUGUACACGGCCAUGGAUGUAGCUACAGGACAGGAGGUUGCAAUCAAACAGAUGAAUUUGCAGCAGCAGCCCAAAAAAGAACUGAUUAUCAAUGAAAUUCUUGUGAUGAGGGAAAACAAAAACCCCAACAUUGUCAACUACUUGGACAGUUACCUUGUAGGAGAAGAGCUGUGGGUAGUCAUGGAGUACUUGGCAGGAGGCUCCCUGACAGACGUUGUGACGGAGACGUGCAUGGACGAAGGACAGAUCGCAGCAGUGUGUCGAGAGUGUCUCCAGGCUCUGGAAUUUCUGCAUUCAAACCAAGUUAUUCACAGAGACAUCAAGAGCGACAACAUCCUGCUGGGAAUGGAUGGCUCUGUCAAACUAAUCUGGAAAGCUGAGUUUGAAGACAUAGGAUCACAGGUCUUAUCUAUGAGCUUUCUUCAGAGCGGAAAAUACAGCCACACCAUGGUGGGAACUCCAAACUGGAUGGCACCUGAAGUGGUGACCCGGAAAGCCUACGGGCCCAAAGUGGACAUCUGGUCGCUGGGGAUCAUGGCCAUUGAGAUGAUCGAAGGAGAGCCCCCCUACCUUAAUGAGAACCCCCUGCGAGCCCUGUAUCUCAUUGCUACCAACGGCACUCCGGAACUGCAGAAUCCGGAAAAGCUUUCGCCCAUAUUCCGAGAUUUCCUAAACCGCUGUCUUGAAAUGGAUGUAGAAAAGAGAGGUUCUGCAAAAGAGCUCCUACAGCACCAGUUCCUGAAAAUUGCAAAGCCUCUAUCUAGCCUCACUCCUCUGAUCAUUGCAGCUAAAGAAGCAGCAAAGAACAACCAUUAAAGUGGUGGAGUUGAGCGUAGUCGUCGUGUCAAGCCUUUUAGCUGUUCAUUUCAGAGACUGAAUUACCUGCCCUUCCUCCCUCCCACUCCUCCUUCGCAGGGCUCCUCUUAAGACUCUGAUGUCCCCAGAGGGGUGGCAGAGGUAGC